AUGUGCCGCCAGGCUCACAGCAACACGUCUGGCAACAGCAGGGACACGGACGCCGCCUGCACGCCUGUCACAGACAAACGGCCAUGGAGUACUACACAGCCCUUCCUGCAGAGCCUCUGGCACUCAGGGGCCACAGACACCAGCAGAGCCCCGGACAGGAUGCUGCGGGCCCCCAGCGCCAGGGGCGGGCGGCUGCUGCUGCUGCUGCUGCCCCUGGUGUGGCCCGGGGAGCCCUGGGGCGGGGCGGGCGUGGCCGCGGCUGAAGCUGUCACCGCUUGGCCUGCGGGCGCCCAGGGGCUCUCGGCGUGGGCCGCAGGGUACAGGCUGCGUGUGCAAAGCCAGGUGGCGGUGCAGGAGGGGCUGUGCGUCCGGGUGCCCUGCUCCUUCUCCUACCCCUGGGGAGACGCGAGAGCCGGGGGCCCCGUGUACGGCUACUGGUUCCAGAGAGGCGCCUCAGACGUCCUCGUGGCCACGAACCACCCAGCCAAGAAACUCGACAAGGGCAUCAGACCCACGUUCCACCUGGGGGACCCCGCGGCCCACAGCUGUGCCCUGUACAUCAGCAGCGUGCGCCGGACGGACAGCGGCCAGUACUACUUCCGCGUGGAGAGCAGCGCCGGGAGACACAGCUACAAGGCCCAGCCGCUCGCGGUCAGGGUGACAGCGCUGACGCAGGCCCCCGACAUCGUGGUGCAGCAGCCCCUGGAGGCCGGCAGGCCCAGCCGCCUGACCUGCUCCUUGCGGGGGGCCUGUGCCGAGGCGCCCCCGGUCAUCACCUGGACCGGGGCUGCCCUCAGGCCCGCGGCGCCCGGCCGGGAGGGGCAUAAGUUCUCGGAGCUCCUGCUCAUCCCGCGCCCGCGGGACCACGGCACCGACCUCACGUGCAGGGUCUCCUUCCCCUGGCCCGGCGUGAGCACGGAGAGGACCCUCCGGCUUGACGUGUCCUACGCCCCCCAGAACCUGACCGUCAGCCUUCUCCGAGAAAACUGUGCAGAGCGGGAGUACCUGGGGAAUGGCUCAUCCCUUUCAGCCCUGGAAGGGGAGUCCCUGCGCCUGCUCUGUGCCACCGACAGCAACCCGCCUGCCAGGCUGAGCUGGGCCUGGGGCAGCGGGACCCCGAGCGCCCGCCUGCCCUCCGACCCAGGGGUCCUGGAGCUGCCCCGGCUGGAGCUGGGGCACGAAGGCGAAUUCACCUGCCAUGCUCAGCACCCUCGGGGCGCCCUGCACGCCUCCCUGCGCCUCUCUGUACAGAGCCCCCCGCGGCUGCUGGGCCCCUCCUGCUCCCCCGAGGACGACGGGGGUCUGCUCUGCCUCUGCUCCGCCCGCGCCCGACCGGCCCCCGCCCUGCGCUGGCGGCUGGGGGAGCAGCUGCUGGCGGGGAACAUGAAGACCUGCAAGAAGGGGGCCCCCCAGGGGAAGGCAGCGGGCCGGGCUGCCGCCCCCUCCACACUGGGCCCCGCCUCCUGGGUGAGCCAGGAGCCGGUCCAUGGCACCCUGGAGGCCCCUGGGCCCGCGCCCCGCGCCUCAGCGGGGGAGCAGGAGCUGGAGCAGCAGGAGGAACAGGAGCUUCACUACGCCUCCCUCAGCUUCCUCAGCCUGAGGCUCUGGCCGGUGCCCGCUGCCACCCGCGCCACCCCCACCGAGUACUCGGAGAUAAUGGCCCGCAAGUGA